UGCAAUGGCAGCAGCUGUAGAACGGGGAGAAUUGACUAGAACAAGUGUGGAGCAGUUUGUAGAACUUACCGGUCGUUUGCUUUCUAUCGAGAGAAACGAAGAGGUCAACGAAGCGAAAAGAUUCCGUGCAGGAAUUUCGUUGAAAGAACAAGAGAAAAUGGGCGUGUGUUUGUUGAGAUUGAAGGCAUCCAACGUGCACAGCGGUCUAUACGGACGCAUCAUUGUUGUGUUUGAGUCAUCUAGACGUACAAAGGAUCGCAGUCUACCGGCCAAUAAAUUAUCGUGUGGAGAUAUUGUGUCUCUGCAGGACUCGAGUGGCUGUGAUGUGGCAAGUGGAGUUGUCACCAGGAAGAGAGAGACUGCAAUCACUGUGGCGUUUGAAGACAGUCCUGGCUCUCUGAUGCUGCACGACGAAAGGCAAUACAGGCUGAUUCGACAGUCGAAUGACAUCACAUACAGAAGACUGAAAAUGGCUUUGCAAUGUCUUAGUAAAUUGGCACUCAAAGGCAAGCAUCCACUUGUUGAGAUUAUGUUCAAUGGCAAAGAAAUCCACAGUCUAAGAACACACCCACCUGAUGGUGAUGAUGACAUGAUGCUAUUUAACACAAUGCUGGAUUGCUCACAGUGCAAAGCAGUAUCUUUUGCUUUGGCACGGCAAGACAUGGCAAUCAUCCAUGGACCACCGGGAACAGGAAAGACGACAACACUUGUAGAGAUAAUUUUACAAGUUGUCAAGAAAGGAAGCAAGGUAUUAGCUUGUGCGCCAUCUAAUGUUGCUGUGGAUAAUCUAGUGGAACGCUUAGCGACGGCUACUGUUAAGGUGGUUCGUCUUGGUCACCCAGCUCGACUAAGCAGCUCAGUACAUUCUCUCUCACUUGAUGCACUGUUGACAACAAGUGAACAGAUGGGAUUGGUAAAGGAUGUGAGGAAGGAGAUUGACACUAUCUUGCAGAGAAAGUACAAGAUGAAAGAUAAAGUUGAGAGAGGAAAAUUGACAAAUGAGAUAAAGUUGUUAAGGAAGGAAAUUCGGGAUAGAGAACAGCGUGCCAUCAGGGAAGUGCUUGAACAAGCAGAUGUUGUUCUGUCAACUAACACAAGUGCAUCAACUGAAGGACCUCUUAGGUAUUUGAAGACAAAUCACUUUGAUCUUGUUGUGAUUGAUGAAGCAUCUCAGGCUCUCGAGGCAAGUUGUUGGAUUCCGCUUAUUUAUUCUUCUCGCUGUGUUUUGGCUGGAGAUCAUCAUCAGUUACCGCCUACAAUUUUGUCAGACAAAGCUGCAAGGGAAGGACUGUCUCUUACAUUAAUGAAAAGAGCUAUAGAUUUGUGUGGGAACGAUAAUCUGGUGUGUAUGUUGACUCAUCAGUAUAGAAUGAAUGAAGUGAUAAUGGGUUGGGCAUCUGAUCAAUUGUACGAUAGUUUAUUGACAGCUCAUGAAUCAGUUAGACAUCACUUAUUGCGAGAACUGCCAGGUGUAUCUGAUUUACCAAUCACAAGCAUUCCUUUGUUGUUGAUUGACACAGCAGGGUGCAAUCAGGAAGAGCUGGAGACUUCUGAAGAGAUGUCAAAAGGAAAUGAAGGAGAGGCCAACAUUGUAGCAUGUCAUGUUGGAAAUUUGAUCGAAGCUGGAGUUCAACCAUUGAAUAUUGCUGUUAUCACUCCAUACAACUUACAAGUCGAGAUGAUACGCAGUCGAUUGAUUGGCAGAUACCCUUCAAUAGAAAUUAGUUCUGUUGAUGCCUUUCAGGGAAGAGAAAAAGAAGCUGUUGUGUUAUCUUUAGUUCGGUCUAAUAAGAAGGGGGAAUUUGGCUUUCUCGCUGAUUAUCGGAGAAUCAAUGUUGCCGUGACUCGUGCUAGACGUCAUCUAGCAGUCGUUGCUGAUUCUGACACCGUGGGUCGCAAUGAAUUUAUCAAACAGCUCAUUGAGUACAUUGGCUUUCACGGAGAGGUGUGGUCUGCUAAUGAAUACAUUGUACACGAGACUGUCAGCAAUGAAGAUGUAGAGGCAAUGAAUAUUGAGGCAGCUGCGUUUGUUGGAGCUAGAGAACAAGUGCAGCCUGGUGCUAAGUGUUUUGUUAAUCCACCGGCAGAAGAUCAAGCUUCUAGUAAUGAAACGGCUGUGGAUACAGGUGAGGGAAAUCAACAGGAGAGAACAUCAAGUCACAAUGUGCUUGACAGAGAUCAAGUAGCAGCUCAAGUUGACAUGUUCUUGAAAUCAGAGCCAGACCAGCUUGCUUUUGAUCCAUCUCUCUCAGCUCAAGAGAGAUUUUUAGUUCAUGAGUUAGCUGAGCAGCAUAGUCUGAUUCAUUACAGCAGAGGAGAAGGCAAACACCGUCAAAUUAUCAUUGAAAAGAGAAAGAAACUCUCAGUUCCUGUAAAACCAUCAGUUCCUAUGAUUAGAACAAAGAGCAGUAAAUUGGGUGGUGAAGUUGCAGUUGACGGAUGUAAGUUUGAUGGAUCUAAGUUUGUUGACAUUAGUUUAGCUCGAAAACAGUGUUGUCACUGUAAUCGGUUGGUACCAGUGUGUAAUGUUGAGACUCACAAGGCAAAGUGUAGCAGAGAGAGGAAGGCUACAAUGGUGCAGAAAAGCCAGAAAGUGAAAAAGCAGUCAAGUAUGAAAGACACUGUGCUACCAUUGCAAUUGGACGACGAUGAGCUUCUGAACUCUGUCAUUGAAUCUAAAAACGUUUGCAGUUAUUCAAACUGUAAAGAGAGAGUGACACUAACAGGACAGCAGUGCAGGCUCUGCCGGUGUGUUUACUGCUUGAAACAUUGUAUUCCGGAAAUUCAUGGCUGUGGAGAUGAUGCUAAAGUUGAGGCAAGGAAAGAGGCAAGACAUCUGCAUCAUCAACAGAAUUCUAUCAGCAGUGUGACAACUAAACAGUAUCAACGGCAUCAGUUGCAAGAGAAGUUGCACAAAAUGAAAGAGAAAAGGUCACGCAAAGAAAGAGCAAAAUAGUAACACACCAAAAUCAUGAUAUGUGACAGUUGGUUUGGUUUAUUUAGUUGAUAUAAAUGAAAUAUUGAAGUCACGUCUAGCCUUGGUUCCAGACGUUUUCCCCGUAUGUACCACUGCACGUGACAGGUAUUUCUAGGGGGGUCAAAAGUACAUACGGGAAACCGUCUGGAAUUGAGCACAUCAACUUGUAAAAGCUUGCUUAUGACAUAGCUCCUACUUUGAUGUUACGUAAUUUUCACAGUAAAAUUUGGAAACAUUUAC